AUGCAGGUGCCACUCUCCUCCUGCUCCAUUUCUUCUCCUCACUCAUCCCCAACACAUUCGCCUGCCAGUCUGGCCAAAGUGCUUACCACCUAUGAUUUGGUCCAACUGGGAAUCGGUAGUAUCCUUGGUGCCGGGCUAUAUGUGGUCACAGGAGACGUGGCAAUGAACCGGACCGGACCGGCCAUCAUUUUAGCCUUCCUGAUCGCUGCCAUAGCUAGCCUCUUCUCGGGUUUGUGCUACGCCGAAUUCGGCUCCCGCGUGCCGCAGACCACGGGUUCGGCUUACACCUAUUCCUACCGAACAGUGGGUGAACUGAUCGCUUUUGUGAUCGGCUGGAAUAUGGUGAUGGAGUACAUGAUCGGGAGUGCAGCAGAUGCACGCGCUCUCAGUGCUGCAAUCGACUAUCUGGCCGGGCAUAGAGUGAAGACCUGGACAGAGUCCUCAUAUGGCCGGUUGCCAUGGUCAUCGGCCCCAUCUACUGGAACUGCUGGGAGGGACGCGAGACCGGGUAGUCAGGUCAAGAAGCGAUCCGAACGUCGUAUUGGCCGCAGAACAACGCGAAUCGGCGCUCGUAUUCUGAUAAGAUCGACCUUCGAGUGUCAUCUUCAUGAACUUUCAUACGCGAUAAAAAUCUCCUUAACUAUGUUAUUCUAG